UCUCGAUCUACAAUCUCGUCCCACAUUUGCUAAUUAAUCUCAGCUUUCUAACAUAAAGGAGACCAUCCUCGGCGCACAUUUUGUGCAGCUCAUGCUAAGAUGUGGUCUCGUUUUGCACGCUCCUCAAUGCCCGCGUGUGCAGGCUUCGCCACUUCGCGGGAUCUGGACGCCAGCGCCUGUCCGCAAUGCAACGACCUUCCUCAACGGCGGCAUCAACGAUGGGGCUCCAUCGGAAUCACCAGUAUCCAUGCUUGUAGCGCAUGCAAACCGAGCUAAGGGUGCUCAAGCCGAUGUCCUGGUCCGCCAUCUUGCCGCAAGUUUGCCACCAUCACUUCGACAACCUGGUGACAGCCAUUCGAAUGCUCUCUCGGGUGCGCGCGACAUUGCGAAAUUACUGCUUGCUGCCCAGCGCAACGAGAAAGGAAACAGGCGCAUCGAUGUACUCGCACACCUCGGUAUGGUCCGGCGCCGAUGGAGGGCUGUCAUAUGGCUUGUCAAACAUGUAAUCGAGCAUCUGGGUUCGAAACCAGGUUCUGGACAUCUCACGGCCCCCGCUCCUUGGAAGUCAAGCUGGCAUGAUUCCAUCAGCGAGGUCACACUAGGCGCGAUCGAGCUUCCGCAUCAUGAGGACAUGAGCGGUCGAUUCAACAAUGCGGCCGCAACCCUGCCAGCCGCAGAGACAUCUUUGUUACCCGAGUACGCUACAGCAAUGGCGCCGGAGGCAGAUUCUCGUACUGAUGCCACGCUCCUCCACGCGUUCCUUGGUCUUGUUUGGCGAAGCAUAGGUGCUAUGACUGUCCAAUGCGCUGAUGGCACUAUGGAGCCGGGUGUACUCGAGAUCAUCGCGUACUUACAUCAUCGAGGAUUCAUGCCGACAUCUAUCUACAAUCGCAAGCCGACGAAUGAUGCAACGGCCAUACAGCAACCGCCUACAUUGCACCUUCUGUCGUCUCGCAUACUUACUUCUCUGUCGGAUGCCGCAUGGCGGGCUCACGAAAAGCUCGUUGUAGAAGAGGCCAAGGCGAAGGGCGGUGCAUACUCACCUUUAGGUCCUGAAGUACCAGGCUCGGUAUGGAAGGUUAACGUGGCUGGCCUCCGGACCGAAAUAUGGCUGGAGUUGAUCCUGUGGUCCUGUCUUCAUGGUGGGUGGGUGCUUGAGGGUAUGGACAUCCUUGCGCUUCUUUGCAAGCAGCAGUCAUGGAAGCCACUUGCCUGGCGGUCACUGAUCCACAACGACGCUGAUGCACAUGAAGACUGGGGUAAGAUCAGUGCGUUCUUCAGCUCCAAGACGCAGGCUGCAAUGGAGCUGCGUGGCGUUGGCAACCUUGACGUGAGCCGCACCGUCAGCAGCGAGGUUGUACUGGCGUACAUCGAUGCGCUUCUGGUCCAUGCCGGAGCCGGCGGCGUUGAGCAGAGUGUUAGACCUAGUGCCGUGCUGGAUCCACUUCUUCUGCUGCGCAGAUUUCUGCACCGCUCUACACUUGGCCAGAGCGACGAAUACUGGAAUGCAGUAGUGCUGCGCUUUGUAGAGUCCCGGCCAGAGUAUAUCUAUUCUGGAGCCAGCUUGGUGCCUCUGUGGCAGCUUGUGCUGCCUCUACAGGACGCAAAGGAGGUGGAAAGAACCGCAAAGCUGCCGUUAGGAGUCUAUGACGGUAGCGCUAUCAUUCUUGGGCUGGCGCACCAGGCACUUUACUUACGCAUUCGGACCGGCGACUUACAAGGCGCCCUCAGGAUCUUCAAGUCGCUUCAAACGUACACCGAUUUCAACAAGAGAAGAGCUGUUCAAGACUUCUUCACAAAUGCUCGUGAACGUCUACGAAACUUGUCAGAUCAUGAGGAGCGAUUCACAAGUAAUUACAGCGGUUUCGAGUCGCCCCUACAUAACCUGGGGCUCCCUCCCUCCAUCAUGGGCCCAUUUCUCGAACUUGUAACAGAUGCCAAAGCAUAUGACUUUGGCCGCUGGCUCCUUUCCUCCGAUGACGUUGACGGACCUGUGAUCGCAGAAGCCUCAUACAACGAACCGCUGCUGGCGCCUGCACUCCUGCGAUUUGCAGUAGAAACAAGUGACAAAGACUUGCUUGCGAAGCUUCUUCGAUUGCGCUCGCUUGCGCCCGCGGGGAGCCGUGAAAGUAUCACCACGGAUCAUGGCAUCCUGCAGUCAUUCUUCGACGCUCAAGUGCGAUUGCGACGCUGGGAAGCCGCAGCCGGGACUCUCCGACAAUGCAUAGAGAGCAGCGACGCCACUUGGAACAUUCUCAACCUUGCGACCUUAGCGAGGGUUAUGCUAACACUGCGAAAGAACAGUCUUGAGACCAAAGGCUCUGAUGAUCUGACUUCUGCAUCCAAGCUCUUUUCUGAGAUGCUCAGGGGUGCGUACAAUCGACAAGGAAACCAAAAGAAGAGGCGCGACGGAGACAGGCAGAAGACACUCGUUUUGGCUCUCUCUGCUAUUGACGGCUACUGGGCUGAAUUCUGCAAACCUUUUCUGGACGUUCUACAGCAGAGACGGGUACACAUGAACUUCAGCCUCAUCACGAUAGCCUUCAACACGUUGCUGGAAGGUGUAGUGGAGAAUUACGGCGCCGUCGCUGCGCGGAGAUGGCUCGGAUUAUUCUGGCCUCAUUCUGUUCGCAAGGCACAAGCGCAGGAAGCCGCGCGACGAAGAGGUGAUGCUGGCUCACAUGAUCAAGGUCAAUCUCCUCUACGGUUGCUGCAAACCGUUGCGGCUCAACGGACGUUGAUCCCGCUGCCCAACCGACCUGCAAGGACCGUUGCCAUGUACGGCGGCGUGCAGCCAAAUAUUACAACGAUACGCAUAAUUCUCCGCAGAGCCAUCCAAGACCUCAAAGUGAUGUCUCCACGGCAGAAGACCGCAGCCGAGACCGGGGGACAGAUGGACUCACUUUCCGCCGGCACGAUGCGCAUCGCAGAAGGUGACAAGGGCGAAGCAAAGGCGAUUGAUACCUCUCCUUCCGGCAUGGUGGUCUGGUGUGUGAACCGCUUUAGAGAGCUUGGACUGCGCAACCGAGAUAUCAAUGAAGAGCUCAGCGCCGAGUUAUCGACAGCUGAGUUAGAGAGCAUGCAGAAGCAGGUUCCUCGUUGGUUGGAGAGGCCUGAUGAUGACCACGUGGAUGUUCAAGGCUCUAAUCAGGAUCUGGACGAACAGAAUGAUGCAAAUGACGAAGUGUCGCAACAUGACAGAGACGAGAGCAAUAAGCGAAAUGCGGGUGGAAGCCAGACCGAAGAGCACGGCACCUGAUAUAGCCGAAGCUGGAUCGAUGCACUUUCACGGGUGCAGUGGGUGUGCCUCAGCACAUAGGGCUUCAUGGCCAAUUUAAGUGGCUCUGAGUACUACUGCGAGCUUCACGAACCAUAUAUACACGCUUCGCCGCCUCCUC